UUUUUAUAGAAAAUCUAAAUUUAUCAAAAAGUAUGAAGUGUCCUCAAACAGAAUAUUUUCAUCGAAUAAGUAUAUUUCUAAUAAUAUUAUCUUCUUUAUCAAUUUACCAAGCGAACUCUGAAGGUCUACCUUUGAUGUAAGUUUUUAAAAAUUUCUUAACUUUCUAUUCCUUUCUGCAAAUACCCCCUUUAUAACUAGAACCUUUAGAGACAAAAAACUGUACCUUAUAGACUGAGGAGUUUCUUAAUUUGGGGGUAUCGUUUAGAGACCUUCCCAAACCAGCCAAUAUUGAGGGCAUCUUAUCAAGAGGUCCUACUUAACUUUAAAUUCAAAAAACAGACUUUAAUGGACCUGUUCUAUAGGUUUCUCUUUACUCAGCAUCUCCACAUGGGCAACUAAAGACUUCCAAUCGGCCGCUCUUAAAGGUUGAUGCUUAUAUGAUUUUAAAUUAAAAUUAAAUUUCUUAGCUUUUGAAACGCUCAUUUCGACAUCUAAAAAUGCAAAUGGAUCCUUUCGACGUUUAAAUGCUUUGGUUGAAGGUUUAUUUUCUUUUUUAUAGAUCCAAAGUCUUAAAGAAGAUCGGGCUGAUUUCUUAAAAUUUAAUUUUUGGGGUCUGUUGGAGUCUAGAACUCAUUUUUAGAUUAAAUUUCGAUCCCUAAAUAAGUUAUUGGUUUAAUUGACUUGGGCGGCUUGCAUGGGUCUUUCUGAAUGUGAAAAUCGCCAAUGUGACCAUACUGUUGGUUUUGGCGGUUCUCCUGAUGAAAAUGGAGAAACCACUCUUGAUUCUCUUUUGAUAGAUGGAUCUGGACAUAGAAGUGGAGCUGUAGCGGCGCUUCGGAAUGUUAAGUCAGCUGCACGUGUGGCUUGGGCAGUAAUGAACUAUACAGAACAUUCACUUUUGGUUGGAGAAAAAGCAACAAAAUUUGCCCAAUCUAUGGGGUUUAAACUUAAAUCAUUGUCAACUCCAGAAUCUAUAAAAAUGCAUGAACAAUGGCUUGUUGAUAAAUGUCAGCCUAAUUUUUGGAAGAACGUCUUUCCAGACCCUAAAACAACUUGUGGUCCUUACAAACCAAAAUGGAAAUUUUCAAUUAAUUCAAAAAAGGAUCGAUUCUCCUCAUUUAACAAAGGCAAUCAUGAUACCAUCGGAAUGAUACUAGUUGAUGAGAAUGGAAAUGUGGCUGCUGGAACAUCCUCAAAUGGAGCAAGAAAUAAAAUACCCGGCCGUGUAGGUGAUUCGCCUAUUGUAGGGGCUGGGGCAUAUGUUGAUAAUUAUGUUGGUGGUGCUGCAGCUACUGGAGAUGGGGAUGUAAUGAUGAGAUUUGUGCCUAGUUUUCUGGUGGUAGAAUUAAUGCGUCAAGGCAAAAGUCCAUUUGAAGCAAUUAGAGAAGCAAUUUUAAGAAUUAAAAAGUUUUACCCAAACUUUUUUGGAGGAAUAAUAGCAACAACAAUUGAAGGAAAUUUUGGAGCAGCUUGUUCUGGAAUGGAAGAAUUUCGUUAUUCUGUGGUUAAGAAUAGUGGAGAACGGAGGGUCGAGGUUAUGAAGGUUGUUUGUGAGUGA